AUGGCGACGGCGUCAAUCGGUGCAGGCCGAGGUGGAGGAGGAGGAGCAGGGGGGGGAGGGGGUCUGCUGGCGGAGGCUCUGGUUCGACCAUCCUUGAAGAGAGGGCGUCUCGGCAUGUCUCUUGCGACGGGGCUGGUGGGCACGCAGGAAAACGCUUUCCUUGGGGACUUCUUCGGAUGCAUGGGAUUCCUGCCGCUAACCUGCCAAAGCACGGUUCGGGAGGCCAUGGUGAGAAUCCUCUUCUCCAGCGACAACGACAACAACAAGGGUUUCAGCAGCAGCACGGGGCACACGUGGCCACACCCGGUCGCCCCAGCGUCAGCGAUGAUGGCCAUGGAUGAAGAAAAGUUUUGCUAUGGCGGGGGGGAGGGGGACAUGUCGAUCGUUUCGACGGCACGCUCGCCGGUGUCGUCGAUGAAGCAGUGGGAGCAGCAACAGCAGUUGUCACCGAGCGACCCGUCGACCUCCAUGUUCUGGUGUGCAGUGGCUCUCGGUGCCUUGACGCAGGGCCGACCCGUCCGAUCGGUGGCUCCGUACAUUCGGCUUGCGGAGGCCGCCCUGGUGGGCAAUGAGGAAGGGGCUUUCAGCGAUGCCGCGAGGGCGUGGACGUUGAUGGGCUACCUGUACGGCUUUUGCGGAGACUCGGCAAAGUUCAGGAACUGUCAGGAGCAGGCAGAGAGGUGUUUUCACGAUGGACGGACGGAAGGGGAAGACACAUCCGAGGAAGAGGCUGCUGAUGCGACUACGGCGAGUCGCUUGUCCCAGUUUGUUAUGCAAUCGUACCACCGGUUCGGGCAGGCGUUUUUCGCGGACGUUUCUGCUACCGGAGACGGUGACGAAGCAAGCACCGCCCUCGAGCGUGCCGCGGACGCGAGCAUCGAGCCCGCCGGGUUCGCGGACGCAGGACCUUCGGCCGGCGGUGUGCUUCACUGCUCCUCGAGAUCAGACGAGCUUUCCGAGCUGCUGUGCGGUGGGGAUGAUGACGAUGAUGAUGAUGAGGGAGACGCCCUCCUGAAUAUCGUUCACGACUUCUGCGCUAACAUGAGCAGCGCCAACGACGCUAGCUCUGCCCCAGCAGUCGUCGACAGCGACGUUUCGGCCUCGCGCGGGACUUACGGGAGGAGUUUGGAGGAGCGGGUGCACCAGAAAGGGGAGUUCGUGCUCGUCGGUAGCGAGGCCAUGACGCCGCCAAAGCACACCAGCCAGAACAUGCAGAAGGUCAUGAUGGCCGCCCUACCCGAGUACGAGCGGUUGGAGGGGGCGGUGGACAUGCCUGAGGUCCGUGGGGGCAUCGGCGGUCUCAUGUUAAACUGGUUGCACAUUUCGCACUUGCUCAUCAUCAUGACCGCGACAUAUGAAGACCGAGACCUGUACACGGCCCUCAUGGUUGCCUACAACCCCAUGCGGCCAGAGGGCUCUCGGCGUAUCCCCCCGUUCGAGGAGUGGGAAGGGAUCGGCAACCUCUGCUCUCACGUCUACUGCAGGUACCUUCAGCAGGCGGCGGCGGCGGCGGCGGCGACGGCGACAGCCGCGGCAGAAGCGGAGGCGGCGGCGGCCUGGUGUCGUCGCUCUACUGCUCCUCCUACGGCCGUCACCAACUCGCCCUGCUCGGCAGACGGCGCCGCUUCUCUCGCGGCUUUCUCGGAUGACCUCGACGGCGCGACCCUGUGCGCGGACAUGGACCCCAUCGUGACGCCCUCGAUGUUGGGCAUGAGGCGCCAGCAGGCGGCGUCGUUGUCCUCGCAGAUGGUGCCGACGAUGGGGGGGGGGUUGAUGGUCGGCGGAGCCCCCGUGGCGGGAACGCCUCCACCAGCUUCGACGGUUUCGUCUUCGUGGUCGUCUUUCGCGACGGUGUUUCCGAACGCCGCCGGACCCUGGGAAGCCGGAAGCGGGCCGCCUGCGUGCAGCCGGGGAGGGUUUCCCGGUCUCGGUGAAGUUGGAGGAGGCGGCGGCGGCGGCUCCAUCGACGCUCUCGACGCCGUGCUGAAUGGAGAUGAUGACGACGAUGACGACGAGGACGACGGUGGGAGCAAAUUUGUUCAGCUGGAUGUGCUCGCCGAUUUGCCCGAGGUCAAGUCGACCUACCUACUGUCCCAGGCUUUUGAGGAGGCCUACGAUGGUAAGGGUAACAGCAGCCACAACCGCGGCGGCGGCCGCGGCGGCGGCGGCGGCUGCGGCGGCAAUGACCGCCGCCACGCGGAAGCAGCCUACCGAGAAACGGAGGAGGCGCUGGGGAAGGGAUGGUGCUGGAGGUUGUGACGUCGUUGCCUCCUUGAGUACGGACCCGUCACCAGAAGGGCGACUAUGACAGUGGCGUUUGGACAGUUGUGGUGCUGACGGGUGAGUUGACGGCGCUACUGGCGUGCUUCGGUGGCAUCGAUGGUAGAUAACUGCUGUGAUGUUGUCGUUGGUUGUGUGUAUGUAGGGCACAUGGUGUAUUUCCUUGUUCUUCAGUCCCCCUCAAAGCAGUAGGUGUAAGAUAACGCCACACACGUGGUGAGAAAUGAUAUUUUCCCGAGAGGUGUUGUUGCCGUGAGAGUUUUCAAGCCGAAAGAUGGUUGCGGGUGAUGCUGUUUUUCGAUCCAUCCACUCUGUCUGUUGUUGAUCGCUGCGACACUCGUCAGUCGUCGGCAACCUAUGUUUUUUACUGUUGGCGACUUCGCCUUUCCAAACAGUGUGCCUCGUGUAGUAAAAACCGGGCGCAUACUAGAAGCAGCGUUCCCUCGAUGUCCUUUCUAUGAGCGACACCAACGGUAGGUACCACGCAAACCUUCCGUAAUUAGUAUCCAGGUACCCUAGAAUCCUCAAACACGGAAGGGAGUUUGCCAGACGAGUUGUUGGAUUUUCAAGGGUUGACCACAGAUGGGCUGGGAUGGGAGGAUUACUGGCCGGGUGUGAAAAUCCUAGAACACGGAAGGGGGUUUGAGUUUGCCAGAAGAGUCAGACUAAUUGAGUACCAAGGGUAGCCGCUGAUUGGCUGGGAUUGGAGGGUACCGGGUGUGAGGGCCUGUGAGGUAUUAUAGUGGACUAAUCUAUCUACGGUUGGGGGUGUAGGACAAACGGGUGUCUGCCGCGUAGUAUCCCCGGGGGCGGUAUUGGGUACAUGUAUUCGUGUAGCACACGCACAAACUCAUGCACACAGACAGGCCGUGCGUGACCUAGGGUGGUACUCCAACGUGGUCACGGAAUCAAAUGGGCCUUUAGAAGCGCCGUCUGUUUUUCAGCCGCGGUUGCAUGCAUGCUAUGUAGACGGGCGUUUUCUCAUUGGUCAGCACGGUCGAUGCCAGUGCUGAAGACACCUACACACUCACAUACAACAACACAACACGGUAUGCAUAGCAUCACGUAGAGGACAAAGUUGGGUUGGGGUUGGGAUGAUACUUUUUUUUGACAAGAAGCGGGGGGCGUUGGCGCGGAAUUUGGCAUUUACAGUGUCGUCUUGCACGUACGUGUAGCAGAAGGCGGGGGGGGGGGGGGGGGGCCGAAAAAAAAAGCCAAACCCCCCCCGCCCAACCCGGGGGAUUCCUCCAGGUUUUUUUUUGAAUGGAAACCGGGCCUU